UGCCCGGCGCUCCCCGGCCGCGCGGGCGCCCGCUCCGCCGCAGCCGCAAGAUGGUGGUCCUGCGCAGCAGCCUGGAGCUGCACGGCCACUCCGCCACCUCGGCCACAGACUCCCUGGACCUGUCCAACGCGUUCCUCAGCUUGGAGCAGCUGGGACGGAGGCGGCUCCGUUCUGCCGGCGCGGAGGCCAAAUCUGCCGUCCCUGCGGCCGGCGCGGGCGAUGGGUCUUCAGUUAAGGAAGUUGAAACCUAUCACCGGACACGUGCUGUAAGAUCUUUGAGAAAAACUGCACAGAAUUCUUCAGAUUCUAGUUUUGACAAGAAUAUGGAAAUAACUGAGAAACAUACUAAUGGAAGACAUUUUACAAGGCAGCUGGCCAGACAACAGGCUGAUAAAAAAAAAGAGGAGUGCAAAGAAGACAAGGUGAUUCCAGUUACAAGAUCUUUGAGGACUAGAAACAUUGUUCAAACCACAGAACGCUUGCGUGAAGAAAAUGGGGACGUUGAAGUUCGCCGCAGUUGUAGGAUUAGAAGUCGUUAUGGUACUGUGAACCAGUCUGUUCUAUUUGACAAACUUAUAACAAACACUGCUGAAGCUGUGCUGCAAAAAAUGGAUGACAUGAAGAAAAUGAGAAGACAGAGGAUGAGAGGACUUGGAGACUUGACUGUGUUUGAUGAAGCAGCUGAAGGUAACCUUAAUGUGUAUGCAAGAGGAAAGCAAAAACGUAUUCAAAGAACUGAUGAAGAAACGACUGAUAAUCAAGAAGGCAGUGUGGAGUCAUCUGAAGAGGGUGAUGAUCAAGAAGAUGAAGAUGAUGGUGAGGAUGAUGAAGACGAUGACGAUGAGGAAGAUGGAGAAGAGGAUACUCAGCAGCGUUAUUAUCUCCGACAGAGGAAGGCUACUGUGUAUUACCAGGCUCCCUUGGAAAAACCUCGUCACCAGAGGAAGCCCAAUAUAUUUUAUAGUGGCCCAACUUCUCCUGCAAGACGAAGAUACCGAUUAUCUUCUGCGGGGCCAAGAAGUCCUUACUGUAAACGAAUGAACAGGAGAAGGCAUGCAAUCCACAGUAGUGACUCAACAUCUUCUUCAUCUUCUGAAGAUGAGCAACAGUUUGAGAGGCGACGAAAAAGAAGUCGUAACAGAGCCAUCAAUAGGUGCCUCCCACUAAAUUUUCGAAAAGAUGAAUUAAAAGGAAUCUAUAAAGAUCGAAUGAAAAUUGGAGCUAGCCUUGCUGAUGUUGAUCCAAUGCAACUCGAUUCUUCAGUUCGAUUUGAUAGUGUUGGUGGCUUAUCUAAUCAUAUUGCAGCUCUAAAAGAGAUGGUGGUAUUUCCAUUACUCUAUCCAGAAGUUUUUGAAAAAUUCAAAAUUCAACCCCCAAGAGGUUGCUUGUUUUAUGGUCCACCUGGAACUGGAAAAACUCUGGUGGCUCGAGCGCUUGCCAAUGAAUGUAGUCAGGGUGAUAAGAGAGUAGCGUUCUUCAUGAGGAAAGGUGCUGAUUGUCUGAGCAAAUGGGUCGGGGAGUCCGAGCGACAGCUCCGCCUGCUGUUUGAUCAGGCCUAUCAGAUGCGCCCAUCAAUUAUUUUCUUUGAUGAAAUUGAUGGCCUAGCUCCAGUACGAUCAAGCAGGCAAGAUCAGAUUCACAGCUCUAUUGUUUCCACUCUGCUAGCUCUCAUGGAUGGACUGGACAGUAGAGGAGAAAUUGUGGUCAUUGGGGCUACCAAUAGACUAGAUUCUAUAGAUCCUGCUUUACGAAGGCCUGGUCGUUUUGACAGAGAAUUCCUUUUUACUCUACCUGAUAAAGAUGCUCGAAAAGAGAUUUUGAAGAUUCACACAAGAGAUUGGAAUCCUAAACCCCUGGACACAUUUCUAGAUGAGCUGGCUGAAAGCUGUGUUGGAUAUUGUGGUGCAGAUAUUAAGUCAAUAUGUGCUGAAGCUGCUUUGUGUGCUCUUCGUCGGCGCUAUCCACAGAUCUACACCACUAGUGAGAAACUGCAGUUGGAUCUUUCGUCAAUUAAUAUCUCAGCUAAGGAUUUUGAGGUAGCUAUGCAAAAGAUGAUACCGGCCUCUCAAAGAGCAGUGUCGUCGCCCGGGCAGGCCUUGUCUGCCAUUGUGAAGCCGCUGCUGCAGUGCACCCUGCACAAGAUCCUGGGAGCCCUGCAGAGAGUGUUCCCCCAUGCGCAAGUCGGAACAAACAAAGCCUUAGACUCAGACAUUUCUUGUCCUCUGUUAGAAAGUGACCUGGCCUACAGUGAUGACGAGGUUUCAUCUGUAUAUGAAAAUGGGCCUUCUCAGAAGUCUGUGAAUAAGGCGAAACAGUGUUUUCUUCGUCUGAAUAGGAAUGCUUGUUACCAGCCUAUGUCUUUUCGACCAAGAAUGUUGAUCGUGGGAGAGCCAGGGUUUGGUCAGGGUUCACACUUGGCGCCUGCUGUCAUCCAUGCUUUGGAAAAAUUUGCCGUGUAUACAUUAGACAUUGCUGUUCUCUUUGGAGUUAGUGCUACAUCUCCUGAAGAAACAUGUGCCCAGGUGAUUCGUGAAGCUAAGAGAACAGCACCAAGCAUAGUGUAUAUUCCACAUAUCCAUUUGUGGUGGGAAAUAGUUGGACCAACGCUCAAAGCCACCUUUACCACGUUAUUACAAAAUAUUCCUUCAUUUGCUCCAGUUUUAUUACUUGCAACUUCUGACAAACCCCAUUCUGCUCUGCCAGAAGAGGUGCAGGAGUUGUUUAUCCAAGAUUAUGGAGAGAUUUUUACUGUACAGUUGCCAGGUAAAGAAGAACGAACUAAAUUUUUUGAAGAUUUAAUUCUAAAGCAAGCUGCUAAGCCUCCUGUUUCAAAGAAGAAAGCAGUUUUGCAGGCCUUGGAGGUACUCCCAGUUGCACCACCACCUGAGCCAAAACCACUGACAGCAGAAGAAAUGAAGAGACUUGAAGAACAAGAGGAAGAUACAUUCAGAGAACUGAGGAUUUUCUUAAGAAAUGUUACGCAUAGACUUGCCAUUGAUAAGCGAUUUAGAAUAUUUACUAAACCCGUCGACCCUGAUGAGGUUCCUGAUUAUGUCACUGUAAUAAAACAGCCAAUGGACCUUUCAUCUGUAAUAAGCAAAAUUGAUCUGCACAAGUAUCUUACUGUGAAAGACUAUCUGAGAGAUAUUGACCUGAUCUGUAGUAACGCAUUGGAAUAUAACCCAGAUAGGGACCCUGGAGAUCGUCUUAUCAGGCAUAGAGCCUGUGCUUUAAGAGAUACUGCCUACGCAAUAAUUAAGGAGGAACUUGAUGAAGAUUUUGAGCAGCUUUGUGAAGAAAUUCAGGAAUCUAGAAAGAAAAGAGGUUGUAUCUCCUCCAAGUACGCCCCUUCCUACUACCAUGUGAUGCCAAAACAAAAUUCCACUGUUGCUGGUGAUAAAAGAUCUGACCAAGAGCACAGUGAGAAGCUGAAGGUGGCCAGUCCUCCUGUGGCUUGCAGCACGCCUGCUCAGUUGAAAAGAAAAAUUCGCAAAAAGUCAAAGUGGUACUUGGGCACCAUAACAAAGCGAAGAAAGAUUUCACAAGCAAAGGAAGGUAGCCAAAGUGCUGUCGACAAAAUCGAGAGUGAUCCGGAGGAAAUGCAGGAGACGAGUGUAGACCACGAGACAGGCAACACAGGGGAGUCUUCACUGGAAGACAGCGAGAAGCUGCACCAUGCCUCUGAGGACAAGGGGGAAGUGGAAAAUAAUUCAAGUGCUAGUAAUACCGAGAAUGAGCUCGAAGAAUCCAGAAAGACUGCAGCUUGCCUGGAAUUCAGAAAAGAAAAGAUUGUUUGCAAUGGAGAUGCUUCUAGCUCUCAGAUAGUAGGUGUUUAUGAUGAAAAUGAAGCAAAGGAAAUGUCUGUUCUGCGAAUGACUCGAGCCAGACGUUCCCAAGUUGAGCAACAGCAGCUCAUCAGUGUUGAAAAGGCUUUGGCGAUUCUUUCUCAGCCUACACCCUCACUUGUUGUGGACCAUGAGCGAUUAAAAAAUCUUUUGAAAACUGUUGUGAAAAAAAGUCAAGAAUACAAUAUAUUGCAGCUGGAAAAUUUGUAUGCAGUCAUCAGCCAGUGUAUUUAUCAGCAUCGCAGGGACUACGACAAAACCACUCUUAUACAGAAAAUGGAGCAAGAGGUAGAAGACUUCAGUUGUUCAAGAUCAUGAUAUUGUCUCAGAUAUUCUUCAUACUCCAUUCCUAUGUAAAUCACUUUACUUAUCCAUGUAACUGAUAUGAGAUGAAGUCCUGCCUCAUAAGGGAAAUAUUAAAAUCAUAA